AUGAAAAGUACAACUCCAAUAGGCUCUAUUAUGUUGAUUCCAUUUGAAGAUGAAGUUAUAUCUGUGGCUAACAUCCAGGCACAACCUCCAGGACAAGUAUUUAAUGUUGAGGCUGAAUUGUCCCUUGCAAGUAAAGAUCAAGGCUUUAGUGUGUUAGCAUGCUCAAAUUGUAAGCAAUUGUUCACAAGAUAUAAUGUGCGAAGGGAAAUAUACUGCACAAAUUGUCACCGAUCCACACAUCUUAUUCCCAGAUGUCAAUUUGAAGUUACUAUUAAGGACAACAGUGGUUUUGCAACAGCUAUUGUUUCAGAUGAAAUUGCAGAGAAAAUGUUGCGCCUCACUUUAGAAGAAAUUUAUGAAAUUUGCUUCGUCAAGAAAGAAACAUUAUCCCUCCAAAAUGUGGAAGAUGAAUUGAACGGCAAGAUAUUUAACAUUCAAAUAAAAAGGCUAUUCACAAAAAAAUUGGAUGCAAUGCAAAAAUUAUCCAUUUUGUCUUUCGUGGAGAAACAAGAUGUGAUUCUUAAAUCAAUGGCAUCUACGACAGUCAAUAUUACAGAUGCGAAAAAGCGCACAGUUGAACAUCUUAGUUCAGGGGAAAAAGAAUAUCCAAGCAUGGAAAUGAAAAUUCCUCCCAUGAAAAAGAAUUAA